AUGAGCGCGGCGGACGCGGCCCGCAGCAACGGGAAGCAACGUCCCGACAGCUUUUGCCAUAGUAGCGACGGCCGGACGUCCCUCCACUCUUCUUCUCCACUGCGUGCGCCGUCCACGGGGGGAGCAAGCGGCCGCCGCAGCGUCAAAAGCCCUUUCGCGAUCGAAGAAGGCGAGUUUGUAUGGGUCGGCGACGAGAGCGGCGUCUGUACGUCAGCUGUCGUCGUGCGUACGGGGUUCGUGUUUGACGACGAGCUGGACCAAGAGCAGCACAUGACGGUCGUGCACACGGAGGACGGCGAGGAGCGCGCGCUCCGUGGCCGUGCAGUCGUGAAAUUACCCGCUUGUCAUCACCCGAAACAAUUGCUAGCGGUCGAGCUACACGACUUGAGCACUGUGCCGCUCAUGGCUACAAACGGGGAUACAGGACGGACCGAGACGUUUACGUCGGAACAGCUCGAAAAUGUCGUGCUGUAUACAUUGCGAGCGAGGUAUCGCAUGGAGCAGGUGUACACGUGGGUGGACCGAGUGCUUGUAGGAAUGAACCCCGUAGUUCCGUUGCCAAUUUACACACCAGACCAUAUGCAGGCGUACAAUAAAAGUAGAGAGCAGACGGCAUUUUACGAGAAAGACACGGUGAAUGACGCACCACCUCAUGUAUUUGCACUCGCGCAGAACGCACUGCGUUGUAUGCAAGACGCGGGAGAAGACCAAGCCGUGGUUUUACUUGGUAAUAUGGGUGCGGGAAAGUCAGAGGCGGCGAAAUUGAUUGUGCAAUACUUGUGUGAGAUUGGAGACAGCGCUCUUCCUCGGAAUGAUUCGGAAAGCGAUUCCGGUGUGCUACACCCCAUUGGCCAGCAGAUCCUACAUGCUUUUACGAUUUUGGAAGCUUUCGGAAAUGCUGCUACACUGUUGAACCCAAACUCUUCGCGUUUUGCCAAGAUGAUCUCAGUGGAGUUUAGCAAGCAUGGCUACGUGAUUGGAGGCGGGUUCACGACGCAUUACUUUGAAAAAUCACGCAUCGUUGACUGCAAGAACCACGAACGCAACUUUCACAUUUUAUACCAGGUGCUAGCAGGAGUGCAACACGACCCUACACUUCGCGAUAUGCUGGAGCUGAAUAAGAGCUUGGAUGAAUUUGAUUUACUAAAGCGGACGGACUCAAAUCUUACGAACUUUGCUCUUGAUGCCCGCGACUACCGAGACCUUAUGUCCAGCUUUUCAGCACUGCGCAUUAGGAAGAACCAACGUGUGGAGAUUGUGCGCAUUGUGGCAGCGUUGUUGCACCUCGGCAACGUGGAUUUCGUUCUCGAUCCUGAGGGUGGCAAGUCGUUAGGCGGUGCUAAUUGUACGACAGUGAGUGACGUCCAUUCGUGUGCUUUGAAGGAUCCGCCUCAGAUUUUGCUUGCUGCAAAGCUUCUGGAGGUGGAGCCAGUGGUGUUGGAUAACUAUUUCCGCACGCGCCAGUUUUUCUCAAAGGAUGGUGGUAAAACAGUGUCGUCGUUAAAGGUGGUUACCAUUCACCAGGCACGCAGGGCACGCGACACUUUCAUUCGAAGUUUAUACGAGUCACUGUUCAAUUUUCUCGUGGACACACUAAACAGCAUUUUGGGCGGCAUCUUCGAUCGCUACGAGAAAUCAAAUAUUGUGAUCAAUUCGCAAGGCGUGCACGUGCUGGACAUGGUCGGGUUUGAGAAUCUAGAGCCGUCACAAAACAGCUUCGAUCAAUUGUGCUUCAACUACUGGAGUGAAAAGGUGCAUCACUUUUAUGUGCAAAACACACUAGCAAUAAGUUUGUCGGACCUCGAAGAGGAGUCGCAGCAAGUGGAGAACCGAUUGACUGUGCAUUCCAACGUGGAAAUAACGAGUGAGCAGGAGAAAUGUCUUUUGUUGUUCGAGGACAAGCCCUCUGGCAUUUUUGAGCUAUUGACCGAAAACGCAUCGGUGCGAUCUCCAAAUGAUGAGGAUUUCGUGAACAAACUGUUUUCCGGAAAUGAAGGCUUGGCUGGGUUGUCACGGCCGAAUACGGGCGCCCAUACAACAAACGACUACUUGGCACCAUCAAAAGACUGGCGUCUGCUGUUCAUCAUUCAGCACCACUGUGGCAAGGUUACAUAUAACGGGAAGGGGCUCUCUGCUAAGAACGCUCUCGGCAUAUCGUCAACGUGUGCAGCAAUAAUGCAGUCGUCGAAGAAUGCUGUGCUGCAUGCUGUCGGUGCGGCUCAAAUGGCUGCAGCUUCCGUUGAAAAGGCGUCAAAACAAGCUGCUCAACGAGGGAGCACUUCGUCCAAGUUUAGAAACUCGAUCAGCUCAGCAAAAGAAGCCAAAGUUGCUGGUGAAAGCUUAGUGGCAAAUGUUAGCAAUCAAGCAGAUGCCCUGCUGCAUGCGCUGAAUCACACUGGUAAGAACUUUCUUGUUUGCGUAAAGCCAAACGAAGAGCUGAAAGAGGGUGUGUUCGACUCCGCCUAUGUGAUGAAACAAAUUCGCGAUAACCACUUGGUAGAGCUAAUGCAAGCAAGUCGGUUUGUUUUCACUGUGCACUUAACGUAUGGUCACUUUUUCAGGCGGUACAAAAAUGUGUGCGGCCACCGUGGCACCUUGGAGUCUCUUCUGCGUUCGUUGUCCGCUAUCGGUGUAUUGGAAGAGGAAAAGAUUGUGGUUGGAACGAAAAAGGUGUAUCUGACAAGCCACCAAUGGAAAAAACUGGAAAAGGCUCGAUUUUUGUAUCUGAAUGCGUGCGCGACAAUGAUUCAGCGAAACAUGCUUCGUGGCGGAUUCCGCAAAAAGUCUGCGCGACUACUGUAUGUUAUGCGGGGUUUGCGUGAAGCCAUAGCUCAGCGUGAUCAGAAUGAUAUCAUCCAGCAUCUUGCGAACUGUAUCCAAAUUAUAGGGAAACGCGCGUCAGAGGACGUUCGUGCGCUGAACGAGGCUCGGAAGCUGAUUGCACGCCUCGACGAGGAAGAAUAUGUGAAUUCUAUCAUUUCCGAUGCUACUCGAAUCGGGCACCCCGCCUUGAUCGAGUAUGCCGUACGGGUCGCUGAAAAGAGUUCUCCAUGGUUAGCUGUCGACCAUUUGCGUAGGAAAAGCAAAAGCAUUGUAGAACUUCAGAAGCAGAAAACAGAGAAAAUUGCAGCGAUCAACAAGAAGCUGCAAUCCUCAAUGAUUGCUAAUGACCCAGAAGCACUCAUGGGGUACCUGGCUACGCUAGAUGAACCUUCGGUGGAGUCGUUGGAAAGGAAACUUGCUACGAUGAUGAUCAUCCGAGCUCUUGAGGAGAAGAGUGUUACGGAGGCCGUGGCGCACGCUCUCUCGGAUAUUGUGGCAAGUGACGACAGUUCUGUUGUUCUGAACAAGUUGCUGGGACCCGCAACUAAAGCAUUGAGACUGGGCGUUGAGGCCAAACUACCCACUCUUGUUGACACCUUGCGCGCAAUUUCUAUUGACGCCGAUGGCAUUGCUGAAAAAGAGGAGGUGCGAGAGAAAGUAGAGGAGGUAGAAGUAACGAUUGAAGGAGAACCUGCAACUGAAUGCGAUGACACUACAAAUUUGUUCGCUGCUCUGGAAAAAGCUUUGGAUGAUGAAAAUUUGAUUGCAGUGGAAAGGGUUUUGGUCCGACUGAAGUUGCUUGGUAUUCCUGAUGGGGACCCACGAAUUUUGGAUGCCGAGCGUCUAGUAGAUUCUCAAAUCGUUCCUGCAAGUUCCCAUGCAGAACGGAAGCAAGUGGUGAAGUUCUUGGCAGUGGCAAAGAUCUCACAGGAUAUCGAUCUACUGUCAGAAGCGAUUGAGGCUGCAGUCGAAGUUGGUUUAGCAAAGUGGGACUUUAACUUAAAAAAUGCCGAACGUGAGCGGGACAGGUUGCUUGCGGCUGCUGCUGACAAAGAAGACAUGCCUCCUCCAUCUCCUGUUGUAGCAGCAAAUCCUUUAUCGACAAAGCCGAGCACUCCUACAAUGGACGAGGAAAAUGCGUUGGGGCUUGCAUCGAUCAAAGGAUUUCUGCUGAUUUGGGAGGCUCGUCAUAUUGAUGAGUUGGACCAGGCGCGAACCUCUAUUUCGCCUUGCUUAGAAGCUGCAUAUGAAGCUAAGAUGGAACGAUUGCAGCAAGUGGCUGGCGUCGAAGAUGCAUUGAGUCAGGCAAUCGGUGCUGAUGAUCCUAAGGUUGUGGAACACGAACUAGGAAAAUCUAUCAGUAUUGGAUUCUGCUCGCCGCUGUUUCCUGUGUUGUUUGACAGGUACUCGCUGCUUCAAAAAGCGAGGGACGGCGCAAGUGCUGCUGAUGGGACUUCUGUCCAGGAUGGAUUGCACGCGGCUAUUCAGUUUUUGACUCGUCGAGUAGAGGCAAAGGCCGAGAUUCGCGAAGACGCUAUGCAGCUCCUGUCUACUGAGAUUGAUGAAUUCUCGAGUCCGUCGAAUGGUGAAAAUGAAGAUGAAUACGAUGGCAUUGAACGUGAACGUGUGCUCGAUAUAGCAGGCAAAAUGCGACAGAGUCUAGAGGCUCGCAUUGCCGCUGCUACCCGCUUGGAAGCAAUCCUGGCACUUCCCACUAUUGAACCGUCCAUAGGAGCGCUGGAACAAAGUAUUGAAGCUGCAAGAGAGGUCGGUGUACAUGAGCGCCUCCUAAUGAAAGCUGAAGACAAGAUGGUGACAGUACGAAGAAGACUACGAGUUACUGGUGAGCGUCCGCAGACUAAUGGGCAUGGUUUUCCUACUCACAACGAUUGUCCAAGUAGCAGUAUGCAAGGUGGUGGUGAGUGUCCACCCUGCGAUACAUUGGAGGGGCCAAGUGCUUCCGGUGAAGUUGAGAGCGCCGACAGUUCGCGUGACAAAAGACGGAGCGGGGAGAAGGAUGCAUUGGCAUUUUGCCAUUUCGAGAACUUGCGUGGUUUUAACGCUCAGUCGGAGCGUUUUCUUGCCAACAAACUAUACUGGGAAAGUCGUGCUAUCUUGCAGAGCUUGUCGGUGCUUGAUGACAACUCGGACGGGGUCGCAUCCCAGUCUGCAUCUGCGUCUGCUGGCAAAAUGGCGCUUUCGAUAAAUCGGUGUAUUUUAGGGUACAUGCGCGAUCGUAUCGUGUUUUACCGUGAAAUGCUUGCGCAUUAUAUCCUCCAGAUUGGGCUGAUGAAGCCCUGCCUCGUGGAUGAAAUCUAUUUGCAACUGAUGAAGCAGCUGACGAAGAAUCCCAAGCGAGACAGCAGCAUUCGCGGUUGGUCGCUGUUUGCCAUGUGCACGACCUCUUUUCCGCCAUCAAUGGCGCUCCAGAAGUAUGUGCUGAUGUUCUUGAAGGCACAAAUUGCCGAAUCCAAUAGUUUCUGGCGACUUGUGCGCAACUUUGCAGCGUAUUCGCUAAAAAGGUUAGAGAACCUGCUUGAAAAUGGGGCAACAGGUUUUAUUCCCAGCAUUGACGAGAUCCGUGGCUACGAAGCGCGACCACCUUUUCUUGCAACGAUUCAAUUGCUGGAUGGCACCCCGUUAGCAGACGCCUUCCCGGUCACACCGGAGUUUACUGUGGCACAGCUUAUUGAAAUAUGUUCCCACUUCCUCGGCCUAGAAGAUCAUGUUGUCAACUUCUUGGGCCUCACUGUGAUAUCGGAACGCGUAGCUUAUGGCAAGAAUGGAUCAACGAGCUCAGUGGCGAUGUCGACGACCAGUUCGUUUGCAGCGGCUAAUGUCGAUAACAACGAUCCGGCUGCUGCUGAUGAUAAUGAUGGCAGUAUUAAGGAAGUACCAUCCUCGCCAGCUCUUGGUGUGAAUCUGUCAACGUCGUCGACUACUUCUUCGGCACUCCCAUCGAGCUACUUUCACAAAUUUAUCGCAGCCCCUUCUUUCUUGAACGCUGGGAUGUACCUUGGUGAUAUUUUCGAGAAAGAAUUAAUCCGUGGACGCGAUGUGCGGUUCUUACUUAAGAUCCGGCUGAAUCCUGUCUAUAUGCUGCAGUACUCGGAUGAAAUGUACGAUCGUCUCGUAUACAUUCAGGUGCAGGACGAAAUCGUUAAAGGAAACUUACCAGUGCUGGAAGAGCAGUCUCUGCUUCGGCUCACGGCACUGGCUAUCGCUGUGGACUGCGAAGAAGUCCCACCUGUUUCAGUAGAGGAAAUGUUGGGAAUGGGUGUUUUGGACUACAUUCCGCAGGAGUGGCAAACGGCGCACGAUGAAGAGGAAUGGGCUGAGCUGGUGCUAGACGCGAUCACGGACAACUUCCUUGACGAGCAGGACGCUCUAUUUCCCGUUAGCGAGAUGCAGCGCAUCUACAUUGAAGAAGUGACGCGCCACCGAUUAUACGGUGCAAGUUUCUUUCCCUCCAAGUUGGUGAACCGCGGGUCGAAGCGCGAUGGCUCUGGUAAUGGGCUCAAUUACUGUUUGGGCAUCGAACUGCCAAACUAUUUUGUUAUCGCUGUGAACGGCUAUGGCAUGCAUAUUCUUGGUCGUGACGGCUCCAUGCUGAGUUUUUGCGAAUACGCGGACAUCGCAUACUGUGGUGGCACGUACCCACAGUAUAAAAUCUGUUUGAAGAAGGCAUCGGAUGUAGCUGCCCCGACGGAAGACAUUAUCGUCACCACCAAGUAUUCAGAUGAACUCGAUGCUCUUAUCACUGACUACAAGGAGAUUACAGCGCUCAUGAAUGAGGCGUAG